CAAGUUGAGGGCACCCGCAACCGUCGCACAAGGCCCGCCGCUCCCAAAAGACGUCUCUGUAGUCCAUAUAGUCGAGCGUAAAGGCGUCUCCAAGCGUGCGCACGCCCUAUUCGCAGCCUCAAGCGCUGGUGUUGCCUGCCUGGCCGUGCCCCUACAGUCGCCCGUCUGCACGCAAGCAACUGCCGCACACGUCUGCAUCGUCCCUGCGCAAGCCUACAAUAGAUAGUUGAUCGCUAGGGAGUCGCCAUGUCGAACCAGGUCGUGGGGAGCGUCUAUCAGCAGAUCAUCGAGAAGGUGAUCCAGGCCUCGCAGAAUGACUUUGAGGAGUUUGGCGUGGACCAGUCGACGCUCGAUGAGAUGAAGCAGGGAUGGCAAGACAAGCUGUCGGCUCUCAAGGUCGCUGCCUUUCCGUGGGACCCGCAGCCUGAGCCUGUGCGACAACCGCCUACAGUCCCAUCGAACGUGAAGCAUGAUAAUGACAUGCCCCCUAUGUCGGCAGGUCAAGAACACCUCAACUUUCCCAACAUGCCUGUCAAGUCCGAAGGGGGGUACCAGCAACCUCCUAUCGCCAACUAUCCUCAAGCGCAAGCAAAUGGUGGUUACACAGGGGGGUAUGACCAAAACGUGGGGUUGGCGCAGCAGCGAGCGGCUGCUCUAGUCCAGCAGCGCGUCCAGCAAGGAGGUUAUGCUCAGCAAAACAAUUACCCCAACAUGCCCCAACAGGGACACCAUCCUCAGAUGCCUGUACAAGGUCAACAGCAACAGCGUAUGAUGGCCCCGCAACAGCAGCAGCAGCAACAACAGCAGCAACAGCAACAACAGCAGCAUCAACGCAUGCCGCAGCAUAUGCCGCAACGUCCGCCACAGUCACAUAUGUACAAUUCACAGACCGAUGGUUCGGCUGAUGCUUUAGAUGAUUGGAAUGCACUGAAGGCGGCGAGAGCUGCCGAAGGCGAUGAAGGCCGUAUUGCAGCUGACCAGUUGAUGCGCACCCAUGUCGAUGCCAUGGCCAUGCGCCAGGAUAGUGGACUGAUGAUUCCGCUCGAUUCGAUGCCAAAAGGCAAGAAGCGGAAAGCUGCCGUGCGCUUCCUACAAGCUGAAUCCGUCGAGGCGUCGUCGAGCAUUCCAGGACCAGCACGUUUCGAUGGCGAUGACGACCUUAAGCCAGGAGAGGAAGAUCCAGAUGAUGCAAUCAACUCGGACCUCGACGAUCCGGAGGAUGACCUCGCUGAUGGAGACAACAGCGAUGACGACAUGGUCGACUAUAUGCUCUGCACGUAUGACAAGGUGCAGCGCGUCAAGAACAAGUGGAAGUGCACGCUCAAGGACGGCGUCCUAACUACAAACAAGAAAGAAUAUCUCUUCCACAAGGCAAGUGGAGAAUUUGAAUGGUAGAAUAUACCCAAUCACUGUUGGUCGGUUAGCUUAAUCUGAGCGCACGAUUACCACAACGCAAUGCGAUAUCAACAAUGAGCUUCGACUCUGAAUACACAGAUCUCUAAUAACGUCUUGAGGUCAAGUCAAAAUCACACCUGACUUCACAUCCCAACAGUCCACCUCACACCAAAGUCGGACUCUAAAACGAAAAAAAUAUCAUGCCUACCGAAUCAGCAUCAUGACAUCAA